UAACACCGUGUCCAACGCUCGCGAGGUUUCUUGUGCUUUACAGCUAGUGAAAUGUAUUAGUACUGCCUGGUAACCGAGAAAAAAAAUUGUGCUCUGUUCCAUUAAUAAAUCCGCAAAUAGCCUAUUACAGCUCUCCCAUGCAUGAAAUACACAAAGAGACAAAGAACCAAUUGUAGAAGAACAGGCUUGGGCUGACUAUGGCAGUUACAUAUCUUAUGUAUGUCCUGGUCCUCCUCGCUGUUCAAUAUCUCCGCCUCUCAAGCAGUCAGGAUGACCUCACUGUCCUCACAGACAAAGGCAAAGUCAGAGGGACGCGGGUCCCAGUGCCGGGUGGAUCCGUUGUAGCCUUUCUUGGGAUCCCAUACGCUGAACCUCCAGUGGGGGACCUCCGCUUCAGAAGACCCGUGCCUCGUAAGGCGUGGUCAGGGGUGUGGGAAGCAAAUGAGUUCCCCAGCACCUGCCACCAGCACCGAGAUGAGAUGUUUCCGGGGUUCCCCGGGGCAGAAAUGUGGAACCCCAACACCAGAAUGAGCGAGGACUGCCUGUACUUGAAUGUGUGGGUGCCCUCCCCCACACCUCAUGCCGCGCCUGUAAUGGCGUGGAUCUACGGGGGCGGCUUCUCCACGGGUACUGCCUCCCUCGAGGUAUAUGACGGACGGUUCCUGAGCAACACCGAAGGAGUUCUGGUGGUGUCCUUCAACUACAGGGUAGGGGCAUUGGGUUUCCUGGCCUUGCCCGGCAGCCAGGGGGUGUCUGGCAAUGCGGGGCUGUUCGAUCAGAGGAUGGCUCUGCAGUGGAUUAGCGACAACAUUGCUGCCUUCGGGGGUGACCCGCAAGCGGUCACGCUGUUCGGGGAGAGCGCCGGCGCCGCCUCUGUCAACUUCCACGUGCUGUCCCCGGGGAGUCACGCCCUGUUCACCCGGGCCAUUCUGCAGAGCGGCAGCGUCAACGCUCCCUGGGCAGCCGUCCCAGAGGGCGAGGCCUGGAACAGAUCCAUCGCCCUGGCCAGGCUGCUAGACUGCGAGAGCGGGAGCGCCACCGGCAUGGAGGACUGCCUCCGCAGGCUGGGGCCAGAGGAGAUAGUGAGCCAGCAGCACAACGUCCUAAAGCAGCACCUGCCUGUGGGAUCGGCUUUCAUACCCACUGUGGACGGCGACUUCCUCGCCGACCUGCCCAGCGUUCUGAUCCAGUCCGGCCAGUUUAAAAAAACCGAAUUCUUACUGGGUGUGAACAAAGACGAGGGGACGUACUUCUUGGUGUAUGGGGCUCCGGGGUUCAGCAUUGAGCAUGAGAGCCUCAUCACCGUAGAUGACCUCCUGCAGGUGGUUGGACUAUUCUUCCCAGGGCUCAGUGACAUCGCCCGGGAUGCAGUGGCCUUUUAUUACACAGACUGGACCGACGAAUUCAAUGGAAAGAAGAACCGCGACGCCCUCAACAGCAUCAUCGGGGAUUACUACAUCACUUGCCCCUUGCUGGAGGUCACACAGAGGUUUGCCACCUUUGGAAAUGAUGCAUACCUCUACUUCUUUGACCACCGUUCCUCCAGGAACACCUGGCCACCGUGGAUGGGCGUGAUGCACGGCUAUGAGAUCGAGUUUGUCUUUGGCCUCCCACUCAAUCGGAGCCUGGGAUACACUGUGGAAGAGGAGGCCAUGAGCAGGAAGAUCAUGAAGUACUGGGCCAACUUUGCCAGGACCGGGAACCCAAAUGUGCCGGGGCCAGCGACUUGGCCUGUGUUCAGUGCCGGGACUCAGGAGUACAUCUCACUGAAUUCAGACUCCCCAAGAACGCUCAAAAAACUGAGAGCCAUGCAGUGCAAAUUCUGGGACAGUUUUCUCCCCAAACUCCAGGACAUGACAGUGAGCAUUGACAAAGCAGAGCUGCAGUGGAAGACCCAGUUCCAUCGCUGGCUCUCUUACAUGCUGGAUUGGAAAAAUCAAUUUAAUGACUAUAGCCUCAAAAAGAACCAAUGUGGCAUACUUUAACUGCGUGUCUGUUUGUGCAAGUUUUAAGUGUAUCACUUCAUUAAACAGUAUAAUUCAAUUUUCCAACAAAAAAAUAUGGGGAUUACAUACUUAAGUAAAUGUUGAUGAUAGCGUACAUUAUGUAUCCCUUAUUUUAUAUUCCUCAUAUAAACUGGUUACGAAUGCAGAUUGUACCCCACUGACUUGCAUGUGUUGAACACAUUUUCUCUGAAAUGAAGUCACAUACCAUAUAGUACAGUUCUGAAAAACCGUGCAUGUUAGAAAGCAUUUUUUCAUAGGUCAAGUGUGAUUUCCCCCAAUUUAUUCCAGGAUUGUGAACUCUCACUUAAAUAUGUAGUUUGUUUGUUUUAUUAUAAUUUUUUGCCGGAUUUUUUUGUUCAUAUUUUUUAUGACUGUAAAGUCAAUAUUUGAUCAGUGAUCAAAAUGACAAAUUUCUAGGGAGUUCUGAUCUAUGGAUUCUAAAAUGGGUACUAUGAAAUGGGCACUUUUGUAUUACAGACACCGAAACUGAAAGUAGCCCGCUUACAAUCAAGAGUUAAAUAAAAGCAGUUCAUUUUAAUUUUCAUAUAACCAAAGUUAUAUUUAAAUUUAUCCGGAAAUGUCACAGACAUUUGGGAAAUGAUUAAGGAGAUGUAAUUUAGGUAGGUUAAACUUUGCACUAUGCUCUUCAAUAUUUGGCUUAUGACUAAGUGGUCUAAAAUCAGAAACAAAAGAAUGUUUGUCUCCAGAAUGAAGUUGGAUUGCAUCGUCACUAACAUUACCAAAAAUAACAUGUAGGCAGCCAAACACUAAAGAGAGCAUGGUAAGUUGGUGAGGGAAGGUUACCCGAGUUGAUUGCUGUCCAAGCAGAUCAAUGGAAUAAAUGCGAAAGAGCAAACUUAACAGGCUGUCAAAAAGUACUUUCAGUAAUUUAUCUGAGUAUCUCUGCCCAACAAUACACAUAGUUAGGUACAUGUAUUCUGGCUUUAUUCAUUUUAGUACUAACCAGAUACCUAACCUUAGCUGGCAUUCUGGUUCUGCACUGAAAUAUGUCUAUGAAGCAAUCUAUGUAUGUAAACUGAACUACAUUUAAUGCUGCUUUUCCUUGAUAUGGAUAGUUGAUGUGAAAACCGUAUGUUACUGUUACUUGCGAAUGCAAAAAAUAGCUAUUUCAGUGAUUGUUUUCAAUGCUAGUUAUUCUUUUUAAGGUGUUAUCAAUAGAAGAUGCUGCUAGGUACUGGCUGCUGACCAUUGUGCCUAUUUAUUACAGUAGGAUAUCUGACAGAUUCACCACAUAUAAAUAGGUGCUCCAAAUGACUAUGUAAAUGAUACAGCAUAUACAAAUUGAUUCAACUGCAAUGUGGACCAUUAAUUACCACCAUUACUUUCACUGAGAAAUCAGUAAUAUGCAUGCAGGUAGCUAUAAAGAGCUAGCUAAACAAGUUAGCAUUCGGUAGCACAAGAGCUAGCAUCGCAUGGCUACUAAACUAUAAUUAGUGGUUUUAUCAAAACAACAUAAAAUCUUAUGGGUGUUUAUGUCAGGAAGGCACACAAAUAUUUUUCUGAAUUACAGCAAUUAGAGGAGUAGCUAUUGGGCUAAAUUAACCAAGUGGAUACUGGUUGCUGCCUUAGAUGAGUGGAAAAAUUGCCAGAUUUGAAAAUGGUGAACCCGCAAAAAAAAAGAGCCAUAUUUCUUGCCCCAAAAAAGCCUAAUGUUUGCCAAAAAAAAAAAACGUGAACGUGCCGCACUCAUGCACACACUUGCCACCAAUGUGAUGACUUGAAAAUUCAGCCACUUUUCUUAUUUUAGUUUAUUAUUUAUUUUAUUGUUUCGCUACUAGCUAUGAUUUCCCUUCACAUGCUAAUGUUAAGCGUUUCAUUGCCAGCUAACAACUGCAUAUCUGCUAUAUUGAUAAAGGUGCAUUUGACAAAUAAACUUUGAUUUAAUCA